AUGUCCAAAGUAAAGGAGCUUGAAGAGAGCUUUAAAAAGUCCAGUGCAGAUUUCGACCGAAACGCUCUGAAAUUAAAGAAACAGAUAGAACAAACGCAGGAGGAGCUUCAGAAGUACAAAGACAAGAACGACAGACAUGUCACAGAACUAGGAAAGUUUCAAGAACGGCUCGUGAAUUUUCAGAAAGAAUUCCAGGAGACGGUUGCCGAACAUAAGGACUGUUACGGAUUGGUUGCUUCUAGUAAUGAAGAUGGAGAUGCCGAUGUGGAUUUGGAUGGAGACGAUGAUGGAGAUAGAGGUGUGGAUUUGAAUGGAGGCGAGGAUAUGGAUGGAAAGGUUAAGAAGUCAUGA